AAUUGCCGAACGAUGUGGAGCAUCGUCUGUGGCUGUCUCCUUACCGCCUUUGCUUGCGUUUGGACGGCGGUGCAUCCAGAUAUGAGGGGGCUCUCUCAUGAUAUCUGGCCGCCGAAAUCGCGCAUUGGCUUGAUGAUGCUUUCACUGGUUUUACCGGAGGCCAUUCUGGCGACUGCAUGGUACCAAUUCUUGGUGUCUUGGAGAAUUUUCAAAAAAUAUGAGAUGAUCAAAGGGUGGACCUUGACGCAUUCAUACUUUGUCGUCAUGCGUGGUUUCUUAAUUAGGAAGACCGGGAAUACUAGAGAGGCCGCAAUAACAAAGAAGGAAAUUCUUGAUAGAAGCAAAGGCAAUGCAUUUUCGAAAUUUAUCAUUGUCCUUCCACUACUAUGGUUUAUCACUCAAUAUGUCGGACGAUGGGCAAGCCAUUUGUACAGCUCGCAACUCGAGACAAUGUCGUUGGCUCUUUUUGUUUACGUGUUGUGGUGGCAUAAACCCGUUAACAUUCAAUUCCCA